AUGGCUUGUGAGGGCCAAUAUCAGUGUUGCAAUAUUUCCCUUGAGACCAAGUUACAUGUAGUUAGAGAUUGUAAAUUUCCAUGGGUAGUCUGGAGUUCAAUUGUACCAACUCAAAAGCAGGAUGUGGUAGAUACAAGUAUCAGUUGGAUGAGAAGCUAUUAUCCAACCUUAAAGGCUAUGCUACAUUCGAGUUCUAUAGCUAUUGAUCCCAAAUGGUCAGCUCCGAAGAGCGGAUGGGUUAAGAUUAAUAUUGAUGGUACAGUUUCACUUAGCUGUUAUUCGUCUACAAUUGGAGGAGUCAUUAGAGAUACUGAUGGUAAUUGGUUAUGUGGUUACUCGAUGUCAUUAGGGAAAGACGAAGUGUUUAGAAUUGAAGCGAGGUUCAUGUUAGAAGGGCUUCAAGUUGCUUGGGACAAGAGUGAUCGACAGUUUGAACUUGAGUCUGAUAAUGUGUUGUUAGUGGAAUUAAUCAUAGUCAAUAAUUCUAUUGAUAAUCUUAUUAUAGAAUUACGGGCCAUUCAUAAGCUAACUCAGAUGAAUUAG